AUGCCCGGCGAUAGGCAGAAAUCCAUCAUCGGCAAGGUCUUUGGCGGCAUAAAGAUCAAGAUGGAUAGAAUCACCAACGGAAAAUACCAACGCCACUUUUGCGCGUCGCGCCAGAUCGAGCCCUCGCACUGCCGCCGCCUAGUCAUGAUCGAAUGCACCUACGACGUCCCCAUAGGCCCGAACGAGUUCAACGACAUAAUCACCAACUGGUUCGACCCGCACCACGGCACACUGCCCAUGGGGCUCUACAAGAAGAUGGCCAGCAUCGGCGUCAUGAAGAAGCACUCGGACGGCAAGCACACCUCCUUCCGGCUCUUUGUGAUGUUUGGCGAGGGUAUUCCCAUCGAGCAGUGCAUGAAGCGUGGCGAUCCGGAUAUUUUGCCCGAUGUUCUGAAAAUGUUGUUCCCGUUGAGUAGAGUUCUUAGUGCGAAACGAGAGAUUAUUACGUGUGAUGUGUCUCGGGAUGUUUUCGAUUCUCAUGUCACGCUUCACGAAACUCGGUGCUGGAAGGGAAUUUGGUACGAAAAGAACGGGGAAUCGGAGCCAGCACAGGCAGUAGGAACAACGUCGAUGCUGAAGUGGAAGGCAUUCCGAGAAAAUAUGUGCUGGCGGCCGAAGUAUGGUUAUGGGUCUUAUUAG